AUGGAUAGUGUAUCCACAGCAGGCGUCGACCAAUGGGAGGUUCUACUGGGCAUCACUGGCAAAGACUUUACCCUCAUCGCGGCUUCCAAGGCCGCCAUGAGGGGCGCUACGAUCCUCAAGGCAUCGGACGAUAAGACGAGAGAGUUGAACAAGAACACUUUGCUUGCUUUUUCUGGAGAAGCUGGUGAUACAGGUAAAUCAUCCGCCUCGAACCUGAGCUGGCGCAUCCUGCAAUUUGCCGAAUAUAUCCAGCGCAACGCACAAUUGUACUCGAUGCGAAACGAGACAGACCUAUCUCCCUCGGGCCUUGCACAUUUUGUGCGUGGCGAGCUCGCUUCCAGCCUGCGAUCGCGAAAGCCUUACAACGUCAAUCUCCUCAUGGGUGGUGUCGAUCCCAUCACGGGCAAGCCCUCUCUGUACUGGAUGGACUACCUUGCAGCGAUGGCCGAGGUUCCUUAUGCCGCACAUGGCUACGCACAGUACUACUGCCUCUCGAUCCUCGACAAGCACCAUCACCCGGAUAUUACUCUCGGACAGGGCAUCAAGCUUCUGACGCUGUGCACUGACGAAUUGAAAAGACGAUUACCGAUUGACUUUAAGGGCAUGGUUGUCAAGGCCGUCAAGGCUGAUGGAAUUGUGGAUAUAGAAUUUGAUGACGACAAGGUUGUAAAGUCGGCGUAA